AUGAAAACACAGUUUGAGUCGCUGCUCUCCAGCCAGAAGCUCAUCGGUUUCAUCAAUGGCACUGUUGCAGCUCCUCCGUCGUCUCAUACCGUUGUUGUUGGUGGUGUCCCCAUAGUCGAACCAAAUCCGUUGUUUGAUGCUUGGUUCUGUACCGAUCAGCUGGUCCGUUUGUGGCUGUUCGGAACGUUGUCUGAGGAAGUCCUCGGCGUCGUACACAAUCUCUCAACGUCUAGAGAGAUCUGGGUCACCCUUGCAGACAACUUCAACCAGAGCUCGUUAGCUCGUCAGUUUGCCCUCAAACGCCAACUGCAAUUUCACACAAAGAAAGGAAAGACCUUGACGGUUUACUGCAGAGAACUGAAGACGAUAUGCAAUUCCUUAGCCUCCAUUGGGAAACCUUACACUGGUAUUCAACGUGAUCUCUCGAAGCCGUAUCCGCCAACGUUCAAUGAUGUCGUGACCGAAGUGCAAGCUUAUGACUUUUUACAAGCGUAUGAAGCAGAUAAAACAGUAAACACUCUACUGGCCUUCAAUGCUCAAUCUUCUGAUAACUCUAGUGCCUAUCAAUCUGGUUCUCAGGGCUACAAUCCGGGUUACAAUCAGAAUCAGAGAGGUGGUCGAGGAAGUGAACGUCCGGUGUGCCAAAUAUGUAGAAGAGUUGGUCACACUGCUGUCAAAUAUUACAAUCGCUUUGACAACAACUAUCAAGGUGAAGACACAACAAAGGCGUUCACUGCUCUCCAAACUUCUGAUGCAACCGGGAAAGAGUGGUAUCCAGAUUCUAGAGCUUCUGCUCACAUCACUGCAUCCAGAGAGAACCUUCAAACCUCAGCUCCAUAUGAAGGUAACGAAACGAUUAUGGUUGCAGAUGGAACGUUUCUUCCCAUCACUCAUGUUGGUUCCACCAAAAUAAUCUCUGCUACAGGUAAUAUCCCACUAAGAGAUGUCUUGAAAGUGGUAGCAAAGGGGCCUCGGGGUAAAGGCCUCUACACAUUGGAGAAUCAGAAGCUGGAAGCUCUCUACUCAAAUAGGCAGUGUGCAGCAGCAGAAGACAUAUGGCAUCACAGAUUGGGACAUUCCAACUUCAAAAUUCUCCAACAACUUGAAAGCAGCAAGGAAAUUAUCAUAAAUAAGAGCAAAACUAGUCUCAUAUGUGAGCCUUGCCAAAUGGGAAAGUGUAGUAGAUUGCAGUUUAUUUCAUUCUCUUCUCGUGUUUUAGGACCCUUAGAUCAAAUUCACUGUGAUCUUUGGAGAUCCUCUCCAGUUGUAUCAACUUUGGAAUUCAAAUAUUAUGCAGUUUUUAUUGAUGACUUCUCAAGGUUUUCUUGGUUCUACCCUCUACGAGCCAAAUCAGAAUUUUACUCUGUAUUUACUGCAUUUCAGAAGCUGGUUGAGAAUGAGUUUGGUACUAAAAUCAAGGUUUUUCAAAGUGAUGGUGGUGGUGAAUUUGUAAACAAGAAGCUGCAGCAACAUUUUGUAGAACAUGGUAUUAAACACUUAAUGUCUUGUCCUUACACUCCUCAGCAGAAUGGGUUGGCUGAGAGGAAGCAUAUGCAUAUUGUGGAGCUUGGGUUGUCUAUGCUCUUUCACAGCAAUACACUACUUAGUUAUUGGGUUGAAGCCUUCUUCUCUGCAAAUUUCAUUUUUAAUAUACUUCCCAUGGCUAUCUUGGACAAAGUCAGUCCUUUUGAGGUUCUGUAUAAAGAGAAACCAAACUAUGCGAUGCUGAGAGGUUUUUGCUCGACUUGUUACCCGUAUCUUCGACCUGUAGCUGAUCACAAACUCGAGCCGCGUUCACUACAGUGUGUUUUUGUUGGAUACAGCUCACAACACAAGGAUCAGUAUGAGUCUCUCGUACCACGGUAUCACAGCAAACUGCUUAAGGCUUGGCAAUUGGCAACAACGGUCAGUACACAUACUCCGGCUUCAGAAACCCAGAUACCUAGAGUUUUACCAACUUUACCAACAACAGCUCCGGUUCUUCCUGAUGAUGGUGUGACUGCAGAACAACCUGAAGUUAUUUUUGAUAACCAAAGUUCAGGUUCAGAAGAUGGUGGAGAACCUCUGGUUGAAAAUAUACAUCUGAUUACCACCAGAGCCAAAUCUGGAAUACACAAGCCAAACACUCAAUAUGUGCUUCUUGCUUCCAAAUUUGUCCUAGCGACACCUAAGAACAUUGCCGAAGCAAUGAAGCAUCCGGGUUGGAAUCUUGAUGUGAUGGACGAGAUUGGGAGGAUCCACAUGCUCAACACUUGGUCAUUUGUCCCAAGAAUAGAGGAGAUUAAUGUUCUUCAUAAUAAGUGGGUUUUCACGCCAAAGCUUAAGUCUAGUGGAGAUUUGAACAAGCUUAAAGCUAGAUUAGUGGCCAAAGGGUUUAAUCAAGAAGAAGGUGUAGAUUAUUUGGAAACUUCCAGUCCUGUGGUUCACACUGCUACAAUCAGAAUGAUUUUGGAUGUUGCCACAGCAAAAGAUUGGCCUAUUAAGCAACUGGAUGUGUCAAAUGCGUUUCUACAUGGUGAACUAAAGGAACCGGUGUUCAUGUUCCAACCUGAAGGUUUUGAAGACCCAGAGAAAUCAAACCAUGUUUGUAAACUUACUAAAGCCUUGUAUGGUCUCAAACAGGCUCCUCGAGCUUGGUUUGACACUUUCAGUCAUUUUAUCAUUGAAUAUGUGUUCACCUGCAGCAAAUCUGAUCCGUCCCUCUUUCACUACCACAAAGAUGGAAAAACUAUAGCGCUGUUGAUGUACGUUGAUGACAUGCUCCUUAUAGGUAGUGAUCAAGGGCUGUUACAAGAUCUUCUUGACUGUCUCAACAAAAGAUUCUCAAUGAAAGAUCUUGAUAUACUACACCAAGCUUCAAUGUCCGAUUGCAAUCGGAUGCCAACUCCAUUACCGCUGCAAACUGAUGACUUCAGUCCAGAGUUGUUUUCAGAACCAACCUACUUCCGGAGCCUAGCUGGAAAACUACAAUAUCUAACAAUCACUCGUCCGGAUAUUCAGUUUGCUGUGAAUUUCAUCUGUCAGAGAAUGCAUUCUCCAACGGUUUCAGACUUUAAUCUUCUCAAGCGUGUUCUCAGGAUACAAGAAGGUCCACCUCAGGUUUCUGCACAAUGCUUGGAUCCAACUUGA